AAUAAGAAACUGUUUUUGGUUUGUUUAGUUGGUGGGCUUGAUGCCACGACAGAGAUGACAGUUGACAGCACGCCAUCAUUGCAGUGAUUUUGUUUUAUGCCGAAAAUUUGUUAAACUUCAUGAUUUAAAGUUUUUUUCUUGUUACUUUCAGAAUGACGGACAAAUCCAACCAAGAAGAGGGCAAUAAUGUUCCUCUCGUCGAUAACACGUUAAUUGUUGAUAUUUCCGAUGCCCUUAGUGAAAAAGACAAAGUUAAAUUCACGGUUCACACUCGCACUACGAUGAAGAAUUUCCAAAAAUCGGAAUUUUUGGUCGUUAGACAACAUGAGGAGUUUAUAUGGUUGCACGACCGCUAUGAAGAAGAUCCAAAAUACGCAGGAUAUAUCAUACCGCCACCACCACCCCGUCCAAAUUUCGAUGCCUCACGUGAGAAACUUCAGCGAUUGGGUGAAGGCGAAGGAACAAUGACUAAGGAAGAAUUCACAAAGAUGAAACAAGAACUGGAAGCUGAGUAUUUGGCCACAUUUAAGAAAACUGUAGCCAUGCAUGAAGUGUUUCUCACACGCUUGGCUAGCCAUUCUGUGUUUCGAGAAGACCACCACUUACACGUGUUUUUGGAGUAUGAUCAAGAUCUGUGUGCUCGUCCUAAAGGCAAACUGCAACAACUUGGGGGCAUAGUUAAGUCACUUGGUAACACGACUGACCAAUAUUAUCUUAACGCAACCGUACGUGAUGUUAACGACUUCUUUGAACAACAAAUGAACUCUUUAACAGAAUAUCACAAUCAGUUGAAAGAAGCCACAACAAGAACAGAUAAAAUGACUGAGAAGCAUAAAGAACUUGCUGAUAGUUAUAUAAAAAUAUCCGCUGGAGUGUUACAACUCGCCAAUAAUGAUCCAGGGCCGUUAGAUAAAUUUUUAGCCAAAGUGGGAGACACUUUUGAAAGAGCUAGAAAAGUUGAAAGUAGAGUUGCAAGUGAUCAAGAUUUAAAACUAGCAGACACUUUGCGGUACUACAUGAGAGAUAGCCAAGCAGCGCGUGCGUUGUUGGUGAGACGUUUGAAAUGUUUGGUAAAUUAUGAAAACGCCAAUAGGACACUUGAAAAAGCAAGGCAUAAAAAUAAAGACAUCCAUGCGGCGCCAGAAAUACAAGAGGCUGAAGCAGCACAGUCGCAAGCUUGUGAACAAUUUGAAGCGAUUUCAGCACAGGCAAAAGAAGAGUUGUUAGAUUUUAAAACACGAAGAUUGCAUGCGUUUAGAAAAAGUUUAAUUGAACUAGCCGAAUUGGAAAUAAAACACGCCCGAACUCAACAAGAUCUGUUGAAGAAAUCUGUUCAAAGUUUGCGAGAAUUGCUUUAAUCUUGGUGAUACUUUAUAUUUUUUUUUUCAUUCAUUUUUUACAACACAUUCCUUUUUUUAUUUUUCCUAUUGGGGAAUGUUUUGCUUUACUAUAAACCCGUAUUGUUUUUGGUUAUAUCAAAUUCUAUUAUUAUAGAGAUAUCGUAUCAUAUAUUGUAUGUUGUUUAUAUUUGAAUAAAAAAAUUAAAGUUUUCUAAA